AUGCGUUUCUUCGUGGCCGGUCUUCUUACGAUGGCAGCCUGUGUGCUCGCUGAUGCGGGUGAUAAGAUUGGAAGCCUGCACCAGGACGCCGAAUGCGCAGGCACUGCCGCUGGAGAUCUGAUUGAUAACAAGUGCACCAAAAUCGCAGAUAUCACAUCCAUCAAUUUCGCCGCACCCUAUACUGUCUGCUAUACAUUUUUGACCGAUGAUUGUCAAGGCGAUCCCAAAGGCAUUGAGGAUCUGGGGUUGCGCUGUUCAACAGUCGCGGAAUGGUCGGAGGGUAGACCUGCGGUCAUUUGCUUUGGCGAUACCGGCUCUGGUGGUCACUAG